AUGGACUACAGUGCAUCAAUGCAAGACGAUAACCCCGCUGGAGCCUCGCCCUGGGGCAAUUCGCCCGCCUCCUCGCCGCGCCAGGCCAAGACGGGCUUCGGCUCGGUUCUAGGCAGUGAACCUCCAGCGUCUCCCUUUCGCUACAAUUCCACAUCCUCCGGCAACAGCCUCUCUCAAGAGCAAGAAGGCGGUUUCGAGAGCCAGGAUUCGUUCCGGAGGCCUGGUACGGCGAGCUCCGCGUCUGGGACCGAUGCCGGCACUGAGGACCUCGAAAGCACCGAGUCGGCACCCGAGAGCCAACGGCAGGAGGCCACGGAACCUGCCGAGCAGCAGCAGCAAGGCGGCUCCGACGCGCCGCAUCUGCCGGCCGGUCAGGGACCUGGCAGGCCAGCGGCGUCUGGUCAGCACAGCCAACGGCCACCUCAACCCCAGCAGCCCCAGUAUAAGCUCAUUGCAAAGAUCACAGGCCUUGAGAGGACCGGGAAGAAGGAUCCUCUCUUGAGGUUUGAUGUUCACACUAACAACCCGAGGUUCCGAACCACACAAUACCGCGAUGUGCGCCGCCUUCAUUCCGAAUUCGUCAAACUUGCCGAGCAUCUGAUCUCCGCCAACCCAGACUCGCUCGUCCCGGCGGUACCCCCGGCGCUGACUUCGGCAGGCGCUGGCACAGACGAGGAUGAGAACAGGGUCAAGGCGCUGAUGCAGCGCUGGUUCAACUACGUUUGCAGUAGUGACACCCUGACGAGGGAUGACGAGAUGGUCCUGUUCGUCGAGAGCGACUUUGGCUACAGCCCCAUGGUAAAGAAGAAGCAGCCCGCUACGGGCGUGCGCCGCAAGAUUCUCAAACAGUUCGCUCCGCCUCCUGACGACACGCCAGAGCUUCAGGAGGCUCGGCCAAUCGUCAAGCUGUUCUAUCUCGGCAGCAUGGAUGCUGGGCACAAGGUAGACAAGAUGGUCAAAUGCCGCCGAGGCCUCGGAUUAGCCGAGUCGGACUUUGGAGUCAAGCUCGGAGCGAUGAACGUCCAGGAACCACACCCUGGCCUGUCCAACGCCUACCGGAAGCUGGGCAAGGUCAUUCAGACCGUGGGCGAUUACCACGCCGCUCAGGCAACGGCACAAGCCACAACCAUUGGAGAUCCCUUCCAGUACCACUCGACUGAUGCCUUCAUUGUCAAGGAAACCCUGACCAACAGGCAAAUCCUCACGCGCGAGUUCAUUCAGGCGCAGGAGAACACGCGCAGCAAGCUCAACGCGGCUGACCGCCUCAAAGCGAGCUCUAACGUACGCCGCGAGAAGGUGGACGAGGCCAUCACGGCCCUCGACGACGCACGUCAGAACGAAACCUACCUGUAUCAGAAGACGACACGCGUCACCCAGAACCUCGUCCAGGAGCGCCGCAAAUGGUUCGGACGCACGGCCGCCGAUCUGCGCCUCAGUAUUCGCGAGUAUGUCCUCCGCGAGAUUGACGCCGAGCGCCGCACCCUCGCACUACUUGAGAGCGUUCGCCCAGACAUUCGCUCCAUUGACGCCUCCGGCGGCCUGAGCAGGCUCGGCCGUGAAGCGCACCCCGCAGUGCGUCGCACGAGCCUGGCCGCCAGCCAAGGUCCCAAGGGCGAUGCUUGGAGCGGCGUGCCGAGGCGAUCCGAGGUCCACCGCACCCUCUCGAGCAGCGUGAUGCCCGGCCUACCUGAGGACGGCGAGGCCGACGAUGCGCAGGGCGCAGGUCACGGCAGCGCGGCAGGUGCUCGCGGAAGCCUGGCCGAGGAGGAUGACGAGGACCGGAUCGACGCGAGGAACGCGGCCAGCCGAUUGGCGACGAGCACGUUUUGA